AUGACUCUAAGAAAAAACAAAAAGUACUUGAGCUCUUCAACAAUGGCGGAUCCAUUAGUUCCUCCUCAACCCAAGCCAUUUUUCUUUGUUGCAUUUCUUGCUGACCAUAACUACAAUCCCAUGAUUCCUGAUGAGUUUUUCUCCACUCAUUUAGAGGACAGAAAUGAGUUUUCGAAACUGAAACUGACUUCUGACGCUUUCGAUAGAACAUGGGAAGUGAAACUGAACGGUCGGAGAUUCGCCGACGGCUGGGAGGAUUUCUCCGCAGCCCACAGUCUUAGGCACGACGACGUUUUGAUUUUCAAACACCACGGGGAAAUGAUCUUCCACACUCUUGCAAAACAUUUUACGAUGACAAAUGGUCUGAACAAGAGAUGGUGCGUGAUUGAUCUCAUGAAUCAAAGUGGAAAAUCAUGGGUUCAUGGUCUGCGACACAACAAAAAAAAUGGACAGGAUUUCAUCCGUGGAGGCUGGAGAAGUUUCUGCCUUGCAAAUGAGCUAAAACUCGGAAUUUCCUACCGGUUUAAACUUGUCAGGAAUGGGAAAAGGCCUCUGCUACAGUUAUGUUCCGACAUUACUCCACAAGGAAGCUGUUCAAAGGCAAAGGGAAAAGCUAAAGUUUCGACAAAAUCUAGCAGGGAAGGCAAGAGUGCUUCAAUGAAGCGGAACAAGUUUCUGACAGUAACCUUGAAGCCUUACAUGCUCAAGUCAAGACAUCUUCGUCUUCCGAGACAUUUUGCGAGGGAGAACGGGAUCAAGAAGGCAGGAGAAAUCACUCUAGUGGACAAAGAUGGAGUAAAGUGGCCUUCGUAUGUAGUUUAUGCCACUGGACAAGGAAGUUUCUAUAUGGCAAAAAGUUUUAAAGAUUUUUGUGAAGGCAGCGGGAUCAAGACGGGAGAGACCUUCACGUUGGAGUUCGUUCGAGAAGAAGGCACAACUCCUAUGCUCAAGUUCUACUCCAAGGCCAAGGCCAAGAUAGUACAGAUACCAAGAGAGAGCUCCGGUCAAGCAUCACUAGGUAAAGAAGAAGAAACGGAGACUCGGUUCCAAAAGAGAGCUCGGCUUUCUUCAGAAGAAGGACCCUCUCGCCGCAGUCAGACACCAAACAAAUCAACUGCUACUCAGAAAAACUUGCAGUGCAAGCAACCUCUUCAAUCUUGCUCAUUCUCUGAUCAACUGACAAAAGUGAAACAGAGCACUGCGGGCAUUUUAACUGAUGUAAGACGGUUCCGGUCUGAGGUUGAGAUAAAGGAAAAAAUUUUAGAAGCUUUACUGCAGGAACUCGACGCGUUAGGUAAAAUUGAGUCAACGAAAUUGAAAUUGACUUCUGACGCUUUCGUUAGAACAUGGGAAGUCAAAUUGAACGGCCGGAGAUUCGCCGGCGGUUGGGAAUAUUUCGCCGCCACGCACUGUCUUCGAGAUGACGACGUUUUGGUUUUCAGAAAUGACGGGGAUAUGCGUUUCCACUCUCUUCAAAAGGGUUUUGCGAGAGCAAAUGGCCUGAUCGAGAGACACUGUGAGAUCGAUCUAAUGAAUCAGCAUGGAAAAUCAUGGACUCUUGAUCUGAGAUACAUCAGAACAACUGAUCAGGCUCGUAUCAGAAGAGGGUGGACAGACUUCUGUUUAACGAAUGGGCUAGAAGCUGGAUCUGUCUACCGGUUUAAAUUUGUCCGAAACGGGACAAGGCCUUUAAUACGACUGUGUUCCGGCACUAUUCCCAAAGGAAACUGUUCCAAACAAAGCGGAAGAUAUCAUCUCUCGGAAAAACCUAGCAGUGGCUGCUCAGCCUCAGAGAGCGCUUCAGUGAACAAGUUUCUGACAAUAACCUUUAAGCCUUACAUGCUUAAAUCAGGCCAACUCCGUCUUACACGAAAUUUUGCGCGAGAGAACGGGAUCAAGAAGGCAGGAGAGAUAACUCUAGUGGACAAAUAUGGAGUAAAGUGGCCAUCGUAUUUAAAACCUGCCGAUGAUAUCGGAAGGUUUUACAUUGCAAAAGGUUGGAGAAGUUUUUGUGCAGCCAAUAGAUUGGAGACGGGAGAGUCCUUCACGUUGCAGUUUGUUCGAGGAAAAGUCUCAACUCCUAUGCUCAAGUUCUGCUCCAAAGUUAAGGCCAAGGUAAACAAAUAUACUUCAGAGUACAAGUACCAUUUGAUGGCCCCCGAGGGACAGGUCAAGCAUCACGGGAUGAAGAAGAAGAGGCUUAAGAAGAAACAGAAACUCAGAGCUCGAGUUUCUGAAGGAGGAUCCUCUCGCCGCAGUUUGGCAUCAGACAGUUCGGCUUCUGAUCUUAAAACCUUGCAGCGCAAGGAACCGUUUAAACCUUGCUCCAUCUCUGAUCAAAUCAAUAAAGUGAAACAGUGUAUUAAGGACACUUUGAGUGGUGUAAGACGCUUUCAAUCGGAACUUGAGAAAAAGGAACAAAAUUUAGAAGCUUCGCUAGAGGAAAUUGAUGUCUUAGAGAAAGUAUUGGAUUUCAACAAGACCCUUAACAGUCGUAAGAUCUAA